CAUCGUCACUUUAGAGAAAACACAUUUCCGUCAUCAGGAGUUUAACCAUAGGAUCCGUGUCAUUCCGAGCGCAUUCCUCAGCAGCGUUUUGCGCAUCUCCAAUCGCCAGUUUUUGUUUUUUUUGUUUUUGGGUUUUGUUUUUUUUUUUACACUUCUUGUUUCUGCUCCAACAGAAAGGGUCCGCAGUCAUGAUCGAGCAGCCACUGGCGAAGCGUUUCAUUUGAAAUUUUUGUAUUUCAAAAGAAAAAGAAUUAAAAAUGGACCAGCAGCUCCCCAAACCAGAAUGCAGAAACAUGGAUGCGUGUCUGAGAAGGCUGAAGCAAGAACUGCUUUCUAUGAAAGAAGCUGGAGAUGGCCUCCAUGCUCAGAUGAAUUCCAUGAUGGGAGCCCUCCAAGAACUCAAGCUCCUCCAGGUCCAGACUGCACUAGAAAACCUCGACAUUUCGGGGCGGCCCAUUAACCGAGGAAUCCCACAACCAAUUCCAGUGGCUCCUCCAGAGCCGCCAGCUGCAGCAGCUUCAGGAAAGGAUCCCAGAUCCUGCUUUAGACAAACCAUGUCUGAGGAACUGAGCCUGAGUCCAAUGUCAAGUCCGAGGCCGUCUUUGGACAGCAGACACACCUUUAGUCAAGAUGAUCAUAGCCCAUCCCGAAACAGAAGCAGCCUGGGAACCUUAUCUUCAUCGUCACCUUCAUCUUCCUCGGCGUCCAGCCUGGAAAGUGAGAGUGACAGCGAAAGAACUGACAGAAGCGUAAAAAGUGAGAAUGACCUUGAGUCUAUACCCAGGAGGUGGUCUGGGUACACGGCCCCUCAGGUGGAUUUCUAUGGACCAACAGUGGGAAACCCUCCACCGGAGCCCUACCCUCAUCCACAGGCUCCCCGUCGUGCACAGGUGGUGGACCUGCCUGGCAUCCUGUAUAGUCUGUCCAGAGAGGGUCCUUCCCUGGAUAGCGACUACUCCCAGGACAGCACAGACGAUGCUAGCGACUGGACUUCUUCGCUCAUGAGCCGCAGCCGCAACCGUCAGCCUUUGGUGCUGGGCGACAAUGUAUUCGCCGACCUCGUAGGCAACUGGCUGGACCUGCCUGAGGUGGAGAGGGAGGAAGGAGAACAAGAGGAAAUGAGGAAGAGGAGCGAAGAGAGGAUAGUGGUCGGUGGGGCAGACAGACCUGACACCCCGGCUCACCCUCUCCGCCUCAGCCGCUCGCAGGAGAUCUGCAGGAAGUUCUCGCUCACCACAAACAUCUUCAAGAAGUUCCUGCGCAGCGUCCGGCCUGAUAGGGACAAGCUGCUCAAGGAGAGGCCUGGUUGGAUGGCUCCCGAGCUGCCAGAGGGUGACCUCUUCAAAAGACCGAAGAAACUGGCUCCCAAAAGUUCAAAAGGCAGCUUCUAUCUUCCAUUCUGGGCUGGUGGACAGCAGGGCAAAGGCAGGCCAUGUCUCCAUCUAGCUGAGGCAGAGAGGAACCACCACUUCCACCACCCUCAGCACCACCAACACUUCCCUCAGUUCCACCAGCAGCCGUUUGCAGGGAUUUAUUUAGACAGGAGGCAGCAAGAGACUGGUCUGGAAAAAAUGCAGCCCUUGUUUGACUACAACACAGCUGUUUGGGUCUGACAGUGAGUAUCAGGCCAACAGAAUGCCAGGGAUGCCAGAUUGAGUGUGUGACAGGUGCGGUGGGAUUGUGGCUGUGAUUGUGGGGAGGGAAUGAAUGAAUGAAUGAAUGAAUGAAUGAAUGAAUGAAUGAAUGAGAGGCUUGGCUACAGUUAUCUUCCAAAAAUGAACUGAUAAACUUCACACCCACCAAGUUUCUCCCGCGACAGAGAGAUUAUCAGGGCAACAAUUUGUCUGACAAUCUGAAACCCUAAACCUCGUUUGCUGUGAGUGUAUGAGUGAGUUCAGGAUUCAGGAUUUAUGCUGCAAGUUUUGUAUUUUUCAAGUUUCUUCACACGUGUGCAUGUAUGACUGGAUUCUCUGGUUGUCUUAAAAGACGGUACUUUGAAAUGGAGAUCAUUCUCAGAAUGUCACCAUCAAUGCAGACUUCUUCCACUUCUAUGCUACUGGGCAUACUCUCAUAUAUCUUACUUCUUUGCAUCUAUGAAUAGUAACACCAACUGUUGAAUUGCAUGGUUACCCGUUUUUAUCAGUGAUGCUACAAACAGCUGUUACCGAACGCACUGCCACUGAACUGACCUAAGCUCCCUUUUGUUUCCAAAAAACUUUGGAAACUCAGGUUUAACUAAACUUGUCUCAUUCACCUUUCUCAGGGAAUGAAUGCCACACAGGAGAAAACCAUGAGACACUGCCACAUUUAAAUGGGUUCCAAAUAUAGUUUAGGGAAAUUUUGCCUGAUCUUAUUUUGCUUAGAGCUGCAAUACGGUGCAUGACUAGUUCAAGGAUUGCACAUUCAAAUGUGUCCCUUGUAAUCAGCAGUGUUGUGCCCGCUGUCAUGUUAGAAACACUCACUUUUCUUCUCUGCCAUGUCGACAUGGCAAAUGUUGAGUCAACUGAAAGUCCUCUUGGGCUGUUGCACAGAGAGGAGGGGGAAAAAAAGAUGGCACAGCCAACCAUGAGCACUGACUAACUGACAGCCAUCUGGUACCCGGACAUUAUGUAAAGCAUGUUUGCCACAAGCUCGAAGAAGAUGCAGAACAGGCUAGUUUAAUCCAAAAGCUUUCUGAAUGAACUGAAUGGUGAUGAUGGUGUUCCAUACUGUAUAUACAACAAUAAAUACAAUACAGGACUGUAACAGUGAUGGAGCAAAUGAGAGUAGAGGUAAAAACCCAUAAUUUGUUUUAGCCAGUAUGAAGUAAAUGUACAGAACAUUGUACAUAAAUGUCAUCAACCAAACAGAAGCAGUAAGGAACAUUUAUUGUAAUAUCUCAUCACAUGAUUUUCAUUACUCUGCACAAAUAAAUAUGUCACAGAAACAGCCCUCAACAUAACAUGUAAACAAUGACACAUCAGUUGUACUUAAAACACAAACUGAUAAGUUCAUCUUUGGCUGACAGUAUUUAUUUUCUUGUAUCAUAUUAAGCUGUUUCAGUUUGGGGGGUGGUUCCAUUUCAAGCAUAACAGUUCGAAUCAGAGAACAGCUUCCUUCACAAAUUCCCUCAGGAUUAAAGAUGACACUGCCCGCUCUGACUCAAACUCACUUUUUUAUAGAGGACCACUGUUAUGCAAGGACAAUCUGAUGAAAAAAAAAACCUAGUUGAUUUCACUCUGUUUUAAAUGUGAUACCAGACCAAUCAACUCAGCCAGCAGGGAUUAUAGGCCUCAGAGGUCUUUUGAGUGUCUUGGCCAGUCAAUCCAUAUGGUGCUGUCUCAGUUUUCAGGUCAAUACAUACUGCACAUUCAGAGGGUCCAACACACAUACAC